AUGGGAAACGCGUUAAACACCCAAGCGGAGGCACUCGCAGACGGUAACGAGUUUCCGGAGUCGAAGCAAGUGCCCCCAAACCUCCUCCUGAGCCCGUCAUGGCGCUCAAAAGACCAAGACGCUGCGAGCGCUAUUGCGGCUUCAGCAGCGGACGCAAACGUGUCGGGCACUGGUGCAGCGAGCGGCAGCGUGCACCCAGAGAGCGUUGCGCAAAGUCUACGGCUCCUGGGAGCCCACUACUGGCACAGACAAGUCGCGCACGCCACUGCGCACUGGUCAUCCGACAGCCGAGCGCAGAGCACAGUUCCAACAAGCGCAGCUGGCGGUGCUGGUGUCACCCCAACGAAUCAACAGGGGAUUUCGGUGCCGCCCAUUGGGGAUCGCCUCUGGCUUCGAGCGCUGAUCUUCCUCGAGCGUGAAGUCGUGAACCCCGGUACUGUACACACCAGAGCUGCGAAUGCACUCCCGCGUGAUCCAGGAACACCAUCUGCAGCUAGAGCAGCACUGGACGACCAGCAGGAAUCUCUGCUCGGGCUUGUCAUGCAACGGCUAGUGACAUCACUGCAUGCGUUUGAAUCACUAGCACCUGUUGUUCUACUGGCGACGCUGGGUGCCCUGGAUCAGCUGAAAGCAGUCUAUGCUUUGCAGGAUCCUGGUGAUCAGCAACCACGUAUCGCCAAUACCGGUGAUUGGCACGCCGCUGUGCAUGGGGCCUUCUGGUUCUUGUGCAACUUUUUGCGGCCAGCGGUGAGGCGAAGCUGGGCUCAGCGCGGGGAAUCUCUUCUCCCCGACCAGACAGCACUUGAGCAUUGCCAGUAUAUCAUGCUGAUCCUGAGCGUCGAGUACCUCAUGCUGUCUGCUGACCGCGAUCAGGAGACUUUUUUCUGGAGCAGCUGCCUGUUGCUCCAUUUGCUUGACUGGAUGGAUACAACGAAAACCUAUGCGCUCAUUCGACGCCUAGACGCAAGAAUCCAUCGAUGCAUCGAGCUCUUGCUGGGGUGCCUAGUUCGCGACACGCUAUCGAGAAUUCGGAAGAUGGCAGGCUUGGGUAGCGGAACAAUUCACGACGCAACGACCUUGGAGAGCGUGCUCCUACAAAUGGCAACGAGAGGGCAGGGCCUCAACUUUCUCGAACUAGACGGAAAACAUUUCGCAGAAAGGUCCACCGAGGAAGCGUUGGCAACGCAAAGCGCACGUCCAGCUGCGCUGCAUGCCGCCGUAGCGAAGAGAUCGAACUGGUCUUGGUUCCAGUUUUGGCCAUUCGUCAGCGAGCAUGCCAACGCUGAACGGGUACUCGCAGACGCGGCUGAGGCCGACCAGCUCGCAGAACCCUCACAGGAACCAGUAGUUUCGAUGCAGCAGCAGCAGCAGCAGCAGCAGCAGCAGAGCCCCUCGAGGAUGCAUUCUCGAGCAGCCGAAGCCAUUGCACCAGCUGGAACGCUGCAUAUGCAUCGAUCGAGUGCACUACCGGAGGAUCCAAUCGCUCGGAAAACUGUGGUAUGCAUGGGGCUCUUGCUAACCCUGUUAUCGCUCGUGACUGACGAUCCAGACGAGCUAGCGCAGCCGCUGUUUCCAAAUCAGAGAGCCGGUCAACCAUUUCGCCAGGCACUCGCUGGUGUGCUUGCGCGUACCUCCUGCGAAACGCUCCCAGCCGUUGUUGAUGCGAACAGCGAGCAUCAACGAACAACAAUAACAACAACAGCUGCUGCUGGCGCUGCUGCGGACUUUGGCAACGAUGCGGUGCAGACUGGGCUGCAUUCAGUGCAGCCGCUGACGCUAUCCAACCUGCAUGAUGUAUGCGUUUGGUGGCUCCAUUAUCCAGAAGGCUCGUACUUGUUCUAUUUUUUAACGUAUGAUUCCGCGGAGCAUUGGCGGCGCUACUUGGCCGUCCGAACGGAUCCCGAGAUCUUUCUGCUAACGCUGCUGCGCUUGCUCUACGUAGAGAGUUCGGUAGACGUCACGGAGUUGCGACUCGCAACGCUUCUUCUGCUCACUGAGGAUGAGGGCUGGUCUCGAGCGCUUGCGAGCCACGUCCUUGAGCAGCCCGUUACAUGGUACCGCGAGACCAGCCUCGAUGCAGACCGUUGCACACUUGUCGAUAUCGUGAUUGGUGUGCUCGUGCGAUGUAUUCGACGCCAGCCGCUGAAGAGUCCCUGUAUCCGCAUGGCGUUGGCAAUGCUCGUUGGUAUCGCGCCUGGAGCGGUGACGGCAGCAGCCGUGGCGGCGCGCGAAGGUCCGCUUCCUUCUCACCUCGCUAGUCGCCUGUGGCAGUUGUUUGCACACUUCUGGCGGCGUUUGAAACGGAGUUCUGAGCAGAAUCCCCAGACAGAUGACGAAUAUCUCCUCUCGUAUCUGGGAACGACAAUCGAGCUCUUGUUCGCUGUCUGGGUCGCCGCCGACUUUGAGCCACGCCGCUGCGGGACGCUCGGUGAUACGCUCAUUAACGCAGCUGCUGAGCUGCGGCACGCCAUCUUGCGAACAGGUCGAGCGCAUACCCCCGUUGAUCGAUUCUUUGCGGGCCUCAUGCGCCUACUUCAUAUCCAAGAAGCCGAAUAUAUCACUGUGGAUGGAGUCCAGCAUCCAUACCCGGGUCGUCAUACGGCAACGGACGGUCUGGCUGAUGAUCGCGACGCUUUACGAAUACCAGCAGCGGGGUCUUUGCCACAGCGGCCAACUGUCGGUCAACAGGGAGUAUUUCGAGAUCCACCUGAUGCGUCAUCAGUUCGAGAGGUAUUCAGCGAAUGGGCGCGACAAUGGCGUUAUCAGCAGUCGUUCAAAAUCAAGCGUCUGGUCUACCGUUUUGUUGAGCGUCCCGAUGGAUGUAGCGCUCGCAUUCGAACACGAGUCUGGAACCUGGUUGCGCAGCGUACCGGGUGGCCGCUCGGCGAAAGCGCCGCUCGCGCUAGCGUCGACGAGAAAGCGAAUGUAUGUCCCCGGGGACAAGACUAG